AUGGGACUCUUCAAUACUUUCUUUAGAGCCUCAGAGCAAGGCAAUGAGAGAACUUUAGAGGGCAGGCAGUCGUGGACUUGGGUACACCGCACACGAGCGGGUGCUGUCACACAGGCUGCUCACCGAACAAAUCCGUCUUUAAAACAAGUCUCGAAUGAGCAAGGUACAAUCGGAACAGACACAGCCAACGAUGGCCACUGCUCCAAGAAGUAUCAUGUCGAUGAGCCCGACGCCACAUCAGCUGGGAGUCUCGGACAGGCACUUACUUCUGGUGACUCUGACCCUUCCUCGAAGUAUUCAUGUCUUAAAACAGACUCGCAACAAGCAUUCACAGAAUCACAGCAUCCAGUGGCAGGCUCGAAAGGACUUGCAGGCUUUAUGACGUCCCUUCGUUCUCGCAAGCCUCGACACCGGAAAUCGCUAAUGCGACUUGGGGAGCAGUCUCGACAAAACGACUGUACCCUUCACGGUGCAAGAACGAAUUGUGGCUGCAUUAGCUCCAAGGAGGACUCGGGUAUAGACAAGGAUGCAUAUGAACAUCAGGAGUCCCGCAAAGCCAGUGACAAGACUCUUGAGUCUGUCAAUUCCGACCUCACAAGCGAGACUGUCUACCGCCACCCUUCCCGAAACACGUCCAACCCGAUCCCCCUUAUCGAACGGGAAUAUGUGUGCGAGAAUCCUUUCGAUGAAGUUGAGAGAUCGCCCCAGUUAGGAGCGGUUUCCAACCCAUUCACAGACCGAUUCAAAGCCGCCUCUCGAUCCAGCAGGGAAUCCAGUUCAAACUAUAGUCUUACCGAUUCUCAGAAGCCGCAGAACCUCCAUGUCUACAAAAGGUCAAGAAGGCCUGUCAUCUGCACCGACCUGGAUAUCAUGGGAAGCUUGUCACGAGAGAGUUCUCUCCCCAUCUCGUGCUUGGAUGAUGGCAAUUGGUCAGACAUUUUCGACCGGCGCAAAGCUGCCAUAGCGUUCAAUGAUCUAGCUGUCAAGCUGAAUUUGAAACCUUUGCCCCUGAGCAAUACUAAAAGUCAGGGGGGCGGCGACUGCUCUCAUGCCCAUCCCACUUCAGUCUCGCGACCCUGCGACUUCGCGAGGGGCCUGCCUCGACGGCGGGAUAGGAUUAUUCGUCGGAUCAGAACGGUGCGAUCGACCUUCCAGCUCAAGGCCCAGAGUAUGCCACAGGAGCGAAAGUUGCGUCGAAUGAAGACAUUUGCCAACCUCUCUUACUGUUCUUAUCGGAUGGAUUCGCUAGCCGGAAAGUCUUUGGAAACUCUAGCUCGCCUUGGGGGUCACAGCUUCUUGGCCUAUCCCGGAGACUUUGCACCGACGGCGCUUAAAUUACCCGUGUGCUUUGUGGCGACGGCGACCUAUCUGAGAUGUCGUGGUCCACUUGUACGAGACUUGUUCUUCGAUCCGGGUGACUUGGGCGCAGCUGCACAGAUCUAUGGUUAUUUCGCCAGCCAGGUGCUAUCCAGCGAGAGAGAGCAGGACAAGAUUCAGAUUACGAUGGGCAGUGGCGAGAUGCCGUCCGAAUUGAUGAGCAUCCUGGGUUCAAUCCAGUCGCAGCGCCAUUCGACUCACAUCCUCAGUGUCGGGUGGGUGUUCAAGUGCCUGCUUGCUGGGCUUCCUGGCGGCAUUUUGGGAUCCACGCACCUGUACAGCGCUUUGUUAGAUAUCUACGUGAAGACUCCUUCCUUGGAGGACAAGCUCAACAGCCCCGACCAAAAGCUCAAACGGACGCGUAGCUGUCUCGGAGGGCUAACCCAAGCAAGGUAUACGAGGAUCAAGGCGAUUGGCCUCGCCAUUCUAGCCUUGGCGGGUCCAAUGCAACUGGAGCUGAUGUGCGCUGUUUUCGGGUUAUGUGCCUUUUACGUGCAUGAAACGAGACGAAUUGUGGAGUAUGAGCGGCAUGGGUACAAGACUGGUGUUGGAAAACUGGAAUUUGUAACGCGUUCGCAGAUAUUGGAAGGGCUCGGCCAGGUCUUUGGGCCCCUGCUGACGGAUCAAGGGCCUGAAGAAGGUGCUUAUGAUCUGCAGACCCUGCGCAUACUUGAGAUGAAUCGCACAUAUGUGGCGAUGAUGCUGAUUGCGAACUGGCGAGCGGUGAGUCGCCAAUUGCGGGUCUGGGAAGAUCAAGUGCACGUGCCAGAGCGACUUACAAUAUCUUGGUCGUCUGAGGGUUCGGAAUAG